AUUUCUCUGCAAAUAAUCGCAUGCGCAAAAUAACAUCCCGCCUUCCAUCAAUUCAUCCCUCUUAUCACAAAUUUGGCUCGCAACAUUAAUAUAUGAGUAAAUAUACCAUAUGUCAUUACCAUACAUACCCACUAUCAAACAUACCCUAAUUGCCAUCGCAUCUGCUACCUCGACAUAUCAGCAGAAAUUACUUCAUAAUUCGUCGCACGCACACUUCGCAAACGAAUUAAUCGCAAUAUCAAUCCCUUUCGAGUACUCACCAACAUCUAGCUCUCCUCAAACCGCAGCGCCCUAUUCCAAUAUCUUUCUAUCUGCGAUACACGAGAAAAAGGCAAUACCUGCGAUUGUACAGACCUGAACAAAUUCGUGGGUCAAUUUUAUUAUUCUUCAUCUCAGCAAAAGAUUGAAACUUUGUAAUACGUCAUGAGUUGUACAUGUACUCACAUUUGCUAAUGUUUCAAUAAGAUAUCCUUUUCCCUUCUAUAAAACUACCCACAAUGGCUCCCCCUAGCUCAUGCGAUGAUACGGCAACUCCGCCCGAUGGGCCUGCCAUCUUCACUCAGAGUACUUCCUCUUCUCAAGGCGAAGAUCUGGGUCGCUUACCUUCAACGUCCCUCAUGUUAGCCAGCAACUCACAAGGGGAUGCCAGAGUAUCCGGUCCAGAUAUCUCUAUAGGGGAUGGCUUGGAGAAUAACAUACUUGGAGACCACAUAUCGUCGUCAAUGACACCUCCACCGUCAUCCCAGAUGCCUAACAUUCGUCAUUCGAUUCCAAUUCAAAGAGCCGCACCAAUAUCACCAUCUGACCUCGGAUCCCCACUUGCCACAGACUUGAAUGGAACCAGAGCAGCUUCUAUUCCCGGUAUCACUCAACCGCCGACUGCGCAGGAGAUUGCCGACGCUUCUACAGAAGAAAAGACAGAAAUGAUACAGAAGUUGAUUGUCGAUAAUAACAAGCUGGACAACGCACUUCGAGAAUCUCGCAUGGAACAGGCACAUUAUAAAUUGCAAAAUACCCUUCUGACCUUGGAGUCCGAGGAAGCUAUUAAGCAUUUGGAAGCAGAGCAUGAACUGACCCGUCGGGAAGUUCAAGUGUUGAAGCUUGCGUACCAGGGAAGAGCUGACCCUCAUGCACCAAGUCCAGAGUACGUUUCAAAGCUCAAAAACAUUUGCAAGAGUCUGGAGACGGAGAAUAAAACUAUCAAACGACGACUUGAAAGAGCCAAGAAAGUAAUAGAGGCAAAGGAGGAUCAAUUGGAGGCUGCUAAAGAUACAAAUGAUCGUCUCACGCAGCGUAUCCGCGAGAAUAGAGAGCACGUCAACAAUAUGCGUAGCCCUGGUCGCAUAUUCCAUGUUUCGACACCGAAGCUAUCGACCAAUAGUUAUCCAGCUACUCCACAGCAAUAUCGCCGUACACCACAUCAGACGCCCGUAAGCGGAGGUUCAAUCCGUGAAUCUCGCGAACAUGGCCAAGAACCUGGAUUUGCUGCUCUCUUAGCUGCCGCUCACCAGGAGAAUAAUAGUGCUCCGUCAACGCCUCUCAUCGGUCAGCGUGCUGGUCCACGCACCCCGAUUAUCAGGCACAAUCGUGGCGUUCAGUCUCUGUCUUCGUUGCUUACCACACCUCCUUUGGCUCGCCCAGGCACUGCCAAUUCAACACUCCUUCCAUCUGCACAAUUCAUCCCACAUAGUGCCUCUCGAUCAGCUUACACCAGCCGCGCCUUGAAUGUUCCACCUCACGCACGUCGACGUGAAAGUCGCGACAGCACUAUUUCAGCUGAGGAUGUUGAGCAGUUUAAUCAUUCUGGGUGCGAAGGGCGUGGGCGUGGGCGUGGGCGUGGGCGGAGAGAUAGAGAACAUGAAGAAAUUCAAGAAAGCCGAGCGGCUCAGAGUGCAAAUGAAAUGCUCCGAGCUGAUUCCCGUGAAUCGUUCGAGGUUGCAGCUUCGAGAAACAACACUCCAAAUCUUGUUACAGCAAAAAGUGAACUGUUACAAUCCAAGAUCUGGGCAACUGUCACUAAGCCGGUAAUAGAGAAGAGGAAACGCGAUGAUUUUUAUGGCAUUGAUCAUUCGAACAAGAAACCAAGAGCCACUGAGCCUCUUGGCCUCGGUAUCGGGUACUCCGCACCCCGAGCCUAAGGUCUAAUUCCUUGAAAUUCACCAUUUCGUAGGAAUUGAUUUGUUUCUUGACAAGUUCGGCUUUGUCAAAAAAUUUGUACAGCAUUCUCAUCACCCGGUGACUUCAUGCUUUCUAGAGACUGCGUCAAAAGAAAGACUAAUGUAUUAUCAUGAUCUAUACUAUUAAGGCAAUAUAUUCUAUCUACCUCAUAUGUCCCAUCUCCAAUUAUUUCUGAGGAGUGUAAGCAGAAAACUAUGGAUGGCUCAGGAGCAUUAUCCAUCAGCAGAAAUUUUCAGUUCUGAUUUGUUAAUGGGUAAGCAAACAUUCACUAGUGAGCAACGAACUGGCAAUGAGUCGAAGUUUUGGGUAAAUCGAGGGGAGAAUUUUGCGAAAACAUUUACCAAGCCAAUAAAUAGAUAUUGAUUAAUCGAUGCCUUUAAAAAAC